AUGCAUUGGCAACUCAGCGACGUCGACUUGGACAGUAAAAGCCAGCUGGACUGCAUCUGCGAAAGACCUUCAAUGGAUGAUGAGUCUUUCCUGCAAGUCUACAAGAGCAAAGGCUCGGGUAUUCUACAGUGGCGUCGGAUUAGGGCGCAGACAUGCUGGACCACCUGGCCGCAGCCAAUCCUGUGUCGCUCUGCGUUCCAAUGGCGUGCGAGGAAGAUAAGCAGCCAACCAGAGAAGGACACAACUGAGGGGCAGUAUAUAAAGAGCGGUUUGCCCAGCGUGGUGGACUCGGAGGCAAGGCGCCUGACAUGUGGUUCUGGCUUCUGA